AUGGAGGGUUUCAGAUCCAAAUCCCUCAACGAUGAAAGCCUUCAAAUUGAAAGUUACAAUCCCAGCAACUAUGACUACACCUCCCAUGGAGUUCCCAGUUACAAACCCAAUUCAAAUCCACCUCGGCUUCAAGAUCUAAGGUGCUACAGUGCAUCAUAUGCAUCAUCUUCAUCGGCACAAAACAAUGCCCAGAUGGAUAUUGUGCCUGCAGAUCAGUGGAAAUUCAAGAAAGUGAAGUCAACAAAUGGAGCAGUUUCGAAGAAUUGGAGUUUUAAUGACCCAGAAUUGCAGAGGAAAAAGAGGGUUGCCAGUUAUAAAGUCUACACUGUUGAAGGGAAAGUUAAGGGAUCUAUCAGGAAGAGCUUUAGGUGGUUCAAGGAGAGUUAUAAGUUAGAGGAUACAUUGAUGUGUUUUCUUACUCAUUACUGCGUGAUAAAAGCAAUCUAUUAUUACUUAUUUUUGCUUUUAUACAUAAAAAAGUGCAUAAUAAUGCAUAACAUGAUUAUCGAGGACGAACGUAAUGUUGAUGCACCAGUUCAAGAAUGGACGGAAGCGUCAAGUCCAAAAGUUGAGUUAGUUAAAGACGAAAAUCGACAUUUUCAGGAAUUCCUUGCUCGUCAUAGACAAAUCAAGGAUAAAAAAACUCACAUUGCACUUCGAAAUGCAUUAAUCGAUCAUUUGUGGGAUGAACAUAUGAAUUCUGAAAAUUAA